CUACUGAUGGACUCUGACACCGAAGAACCCUCUGAUUCCGCAGAAAAAUUCCGCUCCUCUAUUGCACAAUUCUCCUUUCAGUCCCUUGAUAGAGAUCGACGUUCAACUAAACGAACCUUGCAUAGUCGAGACAAUGAAGCCCUCGCAACACCGCUGUACAAAUCUUCUGUGCCCUCUUCAUCUCGCUUGCCAAUCCAGAAUCGAAAGCACGUCGCAAAAACGGGUUCUCCGACAAAGAAUCGAACGCGACCGUAUGCUCCUCCUGAAGUGUAUGCUCAUCUGAACUCUGUUCCCGACCAUCUCAAAGGCGAACUCGAUGUCAUUUUCUGUGGUAUCAAUCCGGGCAAGAUGUCUGCAGAGACAGGCCAUCACUACGGGAACCGUUCAAACCACUUUUGGUGGUGUCUGCAUCAAUCCGGUUUAACGGAUACACAACUUCCGCCGAGCGACAGCCAAUUUCUACCCGAUCGCUUCUCGCUUGGUCUUACAAACUUGGUUGAUCGCCCCACUAUCCAGCAAACAGAGCUAUCGAAAUCGGAGCAGUUGGCCAAUGCCCCUAUAUUCCUUGCCAAGAUCGCACGCUACAGGCCUCGGGCGGUGUGCUUUGUCGGGUUGGCCAUCUCGAAGAUCCUGGAUGCACAUCUGGGCAUCCCGCCCGAUACUAGCGGGGCGAAAUCAUGGGGCCUGCGCCCAUACAAAAUGGUGCACGACUCGGGAUCUGUUUCCGAGACCGUGUUCUUCGCAGCGCCUAGUACUUCAGGGCUUGUCACACAAUUCCAGCGCCCCGAAAAGGCUAAGAUUUUCCGAGAGCUCAAGCAUAUUGUGGAGGACAUCAAAGUUGGAACAUUUUCCAGUGAAGGGAUGAUCGUAAUUCACGCGCCACCUGCUCUGGUCACGCUCAACGAUUGUUAAAUUCCCUGCUUGUCCUCCAAGUCCGUCAUUCGAAACAGAAUUUCCGAUGUUCCGGGUCGAGAGUACAAUAUGUAUCUACGAUCUCUCGAUCCAACUGCUCCCAUUUAUCUAACGAGUGGAUGGAUUUGACGUCGAGAUCAAUUAUUGUCGCGACUCCCUCCGGGAGCUGCACGAUGAUCGAGCAGUCCUUGAAAGUCGCGGAAAGGAGGUAAGCAAGUAUGUAGUAACGCGAAUUAGUAGCUUCGACCGCAGGUGGUGGAUUUGAUAGGUAUUGUGAAAUGAAAACAGUCCAUUCAGCAGUACUGGGAUCGUCACCGGGCAAAUCAAUUGGGCUCAAGAUUUUCUUGAGACCUUCCAUGUCGAGAGGAUCUAAAGUGCGUUGAAGCCGGGAUAGCGUGUCCAGGAUAUGCGUGUUCUGGAACACUUCGCAGAGCAGCGAGACCAUCACAUGUUUGAUAUCCAGAUCGCUGUGUUCAAGGAGACUGCUCAGGACAGAUACCUCGCAGGGAUCGACAGGUUGCCCCUCAGCAAACACCCGGAAGUUGUUGAUCGCUCCGCUCGUCCUGGUCCACGCAUCCCAGAGGCCACCUAACGCCCUCAUGACCCUCGCCUCGUCCGCCGAAUACAAGUCCAAUGGGCAAUAUUCCAACGCAACGGGCAUCGCCGAUUCUCGCGCUUUGACGCGCGAGUGCAUGCAGAAACGGCACGUCCCAGUCUUGGCAGGCUUUGAUGCCUCGGAAAGAUAGGUCGGCGAAGGAAGAAAGCCCCAUUUGGGCUCGAAGAGAAUCAGAUUAUACAUUCGGACUGCCAGAUGACAGUGAUUCAAGCACCUUGAUUUCGACCGCUAUCUGCGCACUUCCUAUGAGAUCAGUGGCGAUAGUCGCAGUGGUAGCAUGAGUGUCGAUACUGUCUAUUUUCCGCCGUCUGGGAGGCCGAAGAGGUUCGCAAGUGAGAGAUAGAUUUUCGAGCCAAGCUCUGCCCGUAGACCCUAGCUCUACGCAUUCCAUGCGUGGCAGAUGCUCCAGUGGUACGAGACGCGUCAUGCAUUGCCUAUAGAAUUCGAGACUCGCAGCAGUGGCUUUGUCGACAUCUUCUGAGCGGUGGUUGAUUUGAGUGUGUUUACGCUUUUUCAAACGAAGCACGGUUCGCUCGAAAGUUGGGUUUGGGUCUCCCUUGUACGCGAAUACGAUCGUUGCACCACCUUCGGAGAUGUAAGACCAA